AUGUUGCUUAAAAUUGGGAAGGAAAAGGUGGUCACUUUUAAUAAAAAUGGGCCUGAUGGAACUGUUCGUUCUCUUUCUUGUCCAGAUCUAACAACAAACAACGGUUCCAAAAAUUCGAACAACAACAACAACAUUUCUCCCAACAAAACAACUGAAAAUUCUGAUUCUCCCUCAAAUUUAGCUUUAACAUCUUUAUUAAAUGAAAAUUUAUUUGUUGGUGAAACAGAAAAUAAUAAUGUUUGUAAUAGACAUCAGACAAUGCCCACAACAAAACAACAGCAACAACAAGUGGACAACAUUGUUUCAAACAUUAAACAACAAAACCAGAAGAAAAAACAUUGUAUUGAAGUUGUAUUCGAUCCUAACAAACAUGAAGAAGUUGAAACAAGUUGCAAAAAGGCAAAUUGUAUUGUCACAGGGAAUUUUGACGACGAACAAACAAAUGUUGAAUUAUUUAUUAAUCGACGAACAUGGCUACUUUUAAUAGACUUUUUUGGUUUUUGUUCAACUUCUGAUAUUAAUAAUAAAAAUGUUUUGGACAACAAUAACAACAAUUAUAUUAUGAAUAUUGAAUUAAAUAUUUCUUCUAAUUUAAUAUUAUCAAUAAAUUAUCCAAAAAGUGAAUUAACUCCAAAAUUGGGUAUUGUUUAUAUUCAAAAGCCUACGUUUACUGUACAGAUAGAUUUGAACGUUUCAAGUGAUCCGAUCCUUAUAUCGAUGCAAGCACAUAGUUUUUCACUUACCGAUGAAAAUUCACAAAUAUAUUCUCAGCGUUUACGAGUUGGAAAUUUUGACAACAAAUUAAACGGGAAAUCAACACCAUGUAUUAAAAUGAAGCUUAUAAAGAAUCGUCGAAAUUUUAAUUCUUCUUUAAACAACAAUAACAACGAUUUUGAUAUUUAUUUAAAUCUAAAAAUAAUUAAUGAUGUUGUAGUUAAUUAUAUACAUUCACAUCGUUAUUAUUAUGCUUUGAUAGAUUUUUGGCUUCAAUUUUCUGAAAUUUAUGAUCGCUUAUUUAUUGAAAAUGAAAUUAAUAAACAAUCAAAACAACAAUUAUUUGGUCAACAAAACUUGUUUGAUAAUUUACUUAAACUUCGUUUGAAAAUUCUCAAAAAGCUGUGCUUUUUGAAUGUGACAAAAUUCUAA